AUGAAAGAAGAUAUAUGGGCACCACAAGUAUCGAAAUCUUAUGCUAAACAACAUAAUACAUUUCAUACUUAUGGCUAUCCUAAACAUACAAUUGAAAAACGUCAAAGAACAAUUUAUUAUCAAUUACAACAUCAACGUGCUAGUUUAAUAUCAACUUGCUCAAAAACCAUUACACAAUAUAAAUUUGAUUUAAUGUCUUUAAAUCUUGAUAUUAUUGAAAAUAUUAAACGUGGCCAUUAA